GGUGGUCGGUGGUGAUGAACCCGUGUUGGCGGAGUUCCCUCCAAGGCCGCUAGGCGCGACUCUGCUCCAUGAAAGCUGCUGCCGAGAGACUGCGAGCAGGAGGAGAACGGAAGGAUGGGGGGAGGAGAUGAGGAGGAGAGAGAGAGGACGGUGUUUUAUCAGCGAAGUGCAGCCUGAAUCGUGAGGAGCGGACGAUGGAGGAGAAGAAAAAAAAAAUCCUACUCUUGUUUCUUUUUCUCCAACAUCACUGUCAUUAACAUGUAGACCAGAAGAGCCGGAGCAUCAUGGUCUUUUCUGUCCAGGAGAAUCAUUCUUCUUACAGAUGUCAGUUUAAGAAAAAAGAAAAGAAACACUUUGGAUUAGCAGACUUGCUUUUGGACUAAAAAGGCUUUCUUCAAUUUGUGCGUAAAAAUCGGAGCGCUUGCCGACUUUCCACAAUCUGGAGUGAAAAAGUGCGCCAGGUUUGCGUCCUGCGCUGGAGCGCCGGAGGUUUCUGAGGGGGGGGUGCAAUGUGGCUUUUGGAUGGAAUGCACCUUAUCGUAAAGGGACGUAAGGCACAGAGGAAUAUUAUCUGAGGUGGAAAAGAAUAACCAGCGCGAGGGAUCAUUCCACGACGUGGACCAUUGUAAGCCUGGGCCAGACUGAUCCAACUAAAACCAAGACAUCUACGGCAGUAAUACUAGUUAUUAUACUGAUGUGAGUGAUACCUCUACUCAACCACCGCAUAAAUGAUGGAAACCUGGAUCACUGACUGGCUCAUCUACCUGCUGAGUAGUGGAGCAGAAUGGUAAUAUCAUCACUAUUGCUUCCGUCAUUGUAGAGGUUCAUGCCAGGACGUUUUGCGAAGAGAAGAAGGGUGGAAUACAGUGCUGAUCACAUCCCAACUGGAGGAAAUGAAUGGCAUCUUUGUUUCCAUUGAACAGUUUUUACAGCUUGGAUUUUAAAAGGGAUUGUUGUUAUUAACAGUCACAUUUCCCAUUGGGUCCUUACCCUGACAGAGACGGAGUUAUCAAACUGUCGUCAGAUGAAUGCGGUUUUAUGGGAAGUGUGAGCUCAUGGUUGCACCUGGAUGGAGUACACGAAUGACACACAACAAGGAAUUUAAGCAUAGAAAGGUUGCAGCAAAAGAUCAGCAGGAGUUAAAUAUGGGAAUACCAGUGAUGAUCCAUUGGCGGUACCAUCGGAGGCAUCGGCUACAUCAUACUGUUGAGAGAAAAAGCAGGGUGGUGGGUCACAAAGGGUGCAUGCUUAUCAGCUGGCUUGCACCCUCUCAGUUAUUGAUGGGUUUGCUGCUGCUGCUCCAUCUAUCACUGGGUUUGGUGUCGGCUGAAAAACUAGAUGAAACCGAUCCAGUGGUUACCACUACCAAUGGAAGGCUGCGUGGUGUCAAGAAAGAGCUCAACAAUGAGAUCCUGGGUCCAAUUGUGCAGUUUCUGGGUGUCCCCUAUGCUGCCCCGCCAACUGGUGAGCGGCGGUUUCAACCACCUGAGCCACCAGUGCCUUGGCCAGAGAUCCGUAAUGCCACACACUUUGCCCCCGUGUGCCCUCAGAGCAUCGUGGAGGGCCGCUUACCUGAUGUGAUGCUGCCGGUGUGGUUCACUAACGGCAUCGACGUGGUGUCGACAUAUGUCCAGGACCAGAACGAGGACUGUCUCUAUCUCAAUAUCUACGUCCCCACAGAGGAUGUCAAAAGAAUAUCCAAGGAAUGUGCCAGGAAACCCGGCAAGAAAAUAUGUAGACAAGGAGGUCCCCUUACAAAGAAACACACUGAUGAUUUAGGUGAUAAUGACCACACGGACGACGAAGAUAUUAGGGAGAGUGGAAGCCCAAAGCCAGUAAUGGUUUUCAUCCACGGGGGCUCAUACAUGGAAGGAACGGGGAAUAUGUUUGAUGGGAGCAUCCUGGCCAGCUACGGCAAUGUCAUUGUGAUAACUGUCAACUACCGGCUGGGCGUCCUAGGUUUUCUAAGCACAGGCGACCAGGCAGCGAAAGGAAAUUAUGGUCUGUUGGACCAGAUCCAAGCUCUGCGUUGGACCAGUGAGAACAUUGCAGCCUUUGGUGGUGAUCCGUUACGUAUCACUGUGUUUGGCUCAGGCGCCGGGGCUUCCUGUGUGAACCUCCUUACUCUGUCUCACUACUCAGAGGGCAAUCGCUGGAGCAAUUCCACCAAAGGUCUGUUCCAGCGAGCCAUUGCCCAGAGUGGCACAGCUCUGUCUAGCUGGGCAGUUAGUUUCCAGCCAGCUAAGUAUGCACGCAUGUUGGCUCGUAAGGUCGGCUGUAAUCUGGAAGACACUGUAGACCUGGUGGCAUGUCUGCAGACAAAACAUUACAAAGAGUUGGUUGACCAAGAUAUCCAACCGGCACGUUACCAUAUUGCCUUUGGACCUGUUAUUGAUGGUGACGUCAUCCCGGAUGAUCCUCAGAUACUCAUGGAGCAAGGUGAGUUUCUGAACUAUGACAUCAUGCUGGGAGUUAACCAGGGUGAGGGCCUGAAGUUUGUGGAGCUGAUUGUUGACAACGAAAACGGCAUCCAGGCAAAUGAUUUUGACUAUGCCGUAUCCAGCUUUGUGGAUGACCUCUAUGGUUAUCCAGAAGGAAAAGACAUCCUCAGAGAGACCAUCAAGUUUAUGUACACUGACUGGGCUGACAGGCACAACCCGGAGACCCGCCGAAAAACACUGUUAGCUCUUUUCACCGAUCACCAGUGGGUGGCACCAGCUGUUGCCACGGCAGACCUGCACUCCAGUUUUGGGUCACCAACAUACUUCUACGCCUUCUACCACCACUGUCAGACAGAUCAGGUGCCACCAUGGGCAGAUGCAGCACAUGGAGAUGAGAUCCCAUAUGUGUUUGGCCUGCCGAUGAUUGGACCAACAGAGCUGUUUCCCUGCAACUUUUCCAAGAAUGAUGUGAUGCUCAGUGCAGUUGUCAUGACCUACUGGACCAACUUUGCCAAGACAGGGGACCCAAAUCAGCCCGUUCCACAGGACACCAAGUUUAUCCAUACCAAGCCCAACCGCUUUGAGGAAGUGGCAUGGACACGCUACAACCAGAAAGACCAGCUUUACUUGCACAUUGGUCUGAAACCUCGAGUGAAAGAGCACUACCGUGCCAAUAAGGUCAACUUGUGGCUGGAGCUCGUCCCUCACCUCCACAGCCUCAAUGAAGUCACACAGCUCAUCCCCACCACCACAAAGAUCCCUCCACCAGAGGUUACCAACCGAACACCAAAACCCAAGAUUCUGGUGACCAAACGCCCCAACCCAACUCCAUUCCCUACUGAGACACAAGACAGCCAUAACCAGCCACAUCUGGUGGAUCAGCGUGACUAUUCCACUGAGUUGUCAGUGACCAUUGCUGUUGGAGCUUCCCUCCUUUUCCUUAACAUCCUGGCUUUUGCUGCUCUCUACUACAAGAAGGAUAAGCGCCGACAUGAUGUGCAUAGACGUUGCAGCCCCCAGCGGACUGCCGCCAAUGACCUGGCUCACACUCAGGAGGAGGAGAUCAUGUCUCUUCAGAUGAAACAGCACUCAGAUUUGGACCGGGACUGCAGGGGGGUGGGUGACUCCUUGCACUCUCACGAUGUGGUCCUGAGGACUCCGUGUCCACCGGACUACACUCUGGCCAUGAGACGCUCACCGGAUGACAUCCCGCUCAUGACACCAAACACCAUAACCAUGAUCCCGAGCACCAUGGGGGGACUGACAUCGCUGCACUCUUUCAACACUUUUCCCAGCAGCGGGCAGAAUAACACCCUGCCUCAUGCACACCCACACUCACACUCCACCACCCGAGUAUAGCCCUAUGGAUGCACCCAUGCAGGCGAGACUGAUGGCCGAAGCAAAAGCUGAAGCUGAGACUUGAGGUUGACACCCUGGCACAUACAGAUAUGUCAGAAGCUCAAAUGCCAUCCUGGAGUUACCCACGGAAUUACACUGGGAUUCUACAACACCCUGUUAAUACCCGAUGGAAAAUACUAAAAGGAUUUAUGGAAAGAAGGGAAAUUAAGAAAAAAGUAAUUAUGUUUUUGUAGAAAAAUUUAAGACAAGAAGAAAAAAGUCCAAAUGAACCAAUCAAGGAGGAAAAAAAAAGAACUAUCUCAUGCUAAAAGAAAGCAGAUGAUGCUUUUUUAAAUUAUUAUUUUUCUUCUAAUACUGCUGCAAAACAAAGUGCAGCAAACUACUUUUUUUUUCUUUCUAACGAUAGAUAUGGCCUUUGGGAUCUUUUGACAAACAUUUGCUUGGCAGUCUUAUCUUGGAGCAGAACAGAGUAUCAGACACGCCUCGAAGGUGUGAAGAGGGGAGCGCUUUGUAACAGAAAGCAAACACAUUGUUUUCCUGUGGCAUCACACUGCAGAUUAUUCUUUUUUGUGAGGCACAGAGUCGACGUAGCGUAAACCAAUUUAGGCAUGUGUUAACGUCAUAAAUGAAAGGUAUGUAAGAUAAGGCAAAAAAAAAAAAAAACUGCAAUGGAUGGACAGAACGCUGUGAACAAACAAACCUUGUAUGCACAAUGGAAACCUUUCGAAGAACAAAGAAAAAAAAUGAGACAGACACCUUUCAUCCAUUUAUUUUUGAGGAUUGGGAACUAUUUUAUUGUAUAGAGCCAAUUUACAUACCUAGAUGUGUACACUAAGCACCAAGGCUGUUUAAGGCCUCAUCACUGGGGGAGAGUACGCUGUAAACCUGCCAGCAGGACCGAACCGGCAGAAGUGAGGCUCCACCAACUGACUUUCUCACAGUUACAACUUCAACACAGAGAGCUGGAGGACAACGGAUAAUUGGAUAAUUUAGCACGAUGCGCAUGACAAUUUAUCUGCUUGAUGGCUGCUCUACUGAUUAUGUCAUUAUUAAGAAUAUUUUCCACCCUCUCCCUCGCACUGGGGCAAUUUCGGAUGGAGCGCUAUGACGUGAUCGGAUUACAGGAAUCGCACGCCCUCACAGAACCAUGGGAAAUGCAGUUCCAGAUUGUGGAUGUUGGUGGGGGACAGUGGCAAGAAAGGGGAGGACUGGGAACAUAGUAAAACUUUCUUGCAUAACAUAAUAUAGCUUGAGUGGAGCUGGGCAUAUAAGGACUAGUUUUGUACUCUGUGUUGGUACUACUUUUUGAUAGUGGUUAAUUCACAUUUCACUGUAUCAAUCAAACUCAUUGUACCUUCAGUUGAGAUCAAUGUUAUUUGCUAUUCUACCUAUUGGGUCACUUUACAAUAUAGAAGUGAUUACCUGCACUGUUUUUAUCAUUUCUCAUUUCCCUUUUCUUUAUCUGAGUGGUGUGCUGACUGUCUGACAGAGGUGUGGUGGAUACCCGUUAAAACACAAGGAGAUGGGCAGUGGGAAAGAUGUGCUGGUGGAGGAGUCCAUUUCUGGGCAGUGAAGCGUAUUUUAUUUUUCUUGUUGAUCCCAUCGUACAACAAGAUUCUGUACUGGUGUCCCAUGAAAAAUGCUUAGACAUGCUAAAAAUAGCAGUAAAAAGACAGAUUUCAGCCUCUCGCCUAGCUUUCAUUGUUCCAUAAAAGUGAUCAUUAUUGAGGGCACAUUGCAUUAUCGUCAUAGGAAGAAAAUAAGGGUGGAUGCUUCACCCUCUUUCACUGACACGGUACUAGAAUGAAGUCCAAAUUCAUUCAGUUGUGAUGUCCUUUGGGAGCCGAUUCCACAUUGCAGAUAUGCAGUUUGGUGGGAAGGGGCCAUCAUGGAUGUGAGCCCGUAGGAACAGUUGUUGA